GUCUCAGGCAUGAGAACCCAAAGUAAGCAACUCUUUCAUCUGAUUUUCAAGACAAAACCAAUUAGCAAAGUUUAUAGCAAGAGUUUUCAUCAUGCCUCCUCCCAAAGGAACUCCCAACCCUCUUGAAGGGCCUGGUGACUAUGACGUUACCUCGGUGGUGCACUCCGAUACCUAUCCUGCCAUUGACCCAAAGAACUUCAAUUUGAAGGGCAAGGCAGUCCUCAUUACUGGAGCAUCCCGAGGAUAUGGCCAAGCCAUGUGCGCAGCCUUUGCUCAAGCUGGUACUUCUCGUUUCAUUGUCGCUUCUAGGUCCGAUAUGUCAGCAACCGCCGAGGUUAUCAAAUCUGCGGCAAAAGAAACAGGCCACCCAGAGCCAGAGGUCCUAACCAUCAAGACUGAUGUCGGUGUUCCAGAGAGCGUUGAUGCCUUGGCGCAGAAGAUUGACGAAGCGUUCGGUUACGUUGACAUCGUGAUUAACAAUGCUGCAUUCAUGAAAAUGGUGUCCAUGCCUGAGUCGGAGCCUGCAGACUGGUUGCAGACCCUCACGGCGAAUGUGUUUGGACCUUAUCUCAUUGCACGAGCCAUGGCCCCUCUGCUUGUCAAGUCGGAACUCAAAACUAUUAUCAACAUCAGCAGCGUCGGAGCUCAUCUCGUGUCGCCGACCCUGAGCGCAUACCAAAUCUCCAAACUGGCGGUUGUCAGAUUGACAGAGUUCAUCUCGGUCGAGUACGCGGACAAAGGAAUCAUCUCAUACUGUGUCCACCCCGGAAACUCCCCGUCGGAAAUGCUGGGCGGAAUCGAAGGAGUUCCCGAGUUGUACAGACCAGGUCAGUCUAUCGGUUUAAAUCACUACCAGCAGUUGCUAACAUGAGUAAGCGUUUGUUGACACUCCCGCUCUUUGUGCCAACUCAUUGGUGUAUCUGGCAUCGAAAAAGCGACCGUGGCUGGCGGGACGUUACAUUAACCUCACUUGGGAUCUUCCGGAACUGAUGACGAAGGAGGAAGAAAUUGUCAAGGGCGACAAGCUCAAAGUUCGUCUUGUCACUUAGUUAGAUAUUUACUAGGGCAAUGCACAGUGU